AUGGAUAAUAAAACUGGUUACUAUAAAAAGGCAUAUAUAAGGACGGAGUUCCCAGAGAAAAUAUAUUCAACUGAUAAUUUUGGAAAAACAGCAAACAAGAUCCUUUCUUCUCUUUUAGAGUUAACCUCUUCUUCAAUUUUGAAUGAGCAAUUACAAAAUGAAAUAAAUCAAGGAAUAGAUCAAAUACAAGUAAAGACUUACUAUGAUGAAAUUGAGAGAAUGCUAAAUAAUGAGCUGGAUUUGGAGAAAGAUAUGCACAUGAAGUAUGUGGACACAGCUAUUUUGGAAAGGUUGAAGAAUUUAAGUCCAACAAGAGUUACAAGAAACCGUUUGUCUAGGAUUCCUGGGAAAAUUGUAAGGAUUCCGUCUGGAUUAGUAAGUUUACAGGAAAUGGAACAAAAAAGAAGAAAAGAAAUUUCCUGGAAUUCUUAUUAUUUGACAAGACUAUGUAGAAGUACUAGAUUAAGAAGACAAUUUGUGAGUGUUAAUAGUAUAGUUUUACCUCAUUAUCAAUCAAGAAAAAGAUUUUUUGAUUCUAUUAGUAAUGACACAGAAAAAGAAAGAGUCAAAGAAGGGACAACUAUUGUUACUGUUUCAUUUUAUCACCAAAUAAGAGGUAUGAAGAUUUCAGAAUUUGACAUUCUGGAUACACAAACAUUAUCAGAUUUGAGAGAUUCAUUUAUAUGUCAUGACUCAAAACAAGAAGAAGAAUUACUGGGAUUUCACCCUUCAGGAGAUUGUUUUGAGAUUAAUGGGGAUUUAUAUUUAGAUGGAAGUGAUGAUAUUAAGUCAAGCUUUGUUAAUACUUUAAGAGAUUUUACUAGUAAACCUAAUCCUGGGACUUUUGAAAUGAAAAGUACAAAGAUAUCUCACUUAAAGAUUCCAAUCAACUCACAUUCUAGUUAUAUUCACUCUGGUGAUUGUGAGCAUAGAGUAACUUUUACUAAUAUUAGAUUAUUUAAUCCAAAUUAUGAUUCCCCAUACAAAGAUGCUUAUCCUAUACAAAUUUACUCUCAUAGCAGAACUAUUACUUUUUGUGAAAUAUGUGGAGUUAACCAAGUUAGUAAGGUUAUUUUCAACUCUGUAAAUCUUCCAAGAAACCCAAGUCAGCUAUGUGACUCCUGUACUUUUGCAUUUCUUUAUGAUAAGAACACAAAACAGACUAUAGAAAAGUGUAUUAUUCGAAGUAUUAACAAUAGAUAA